AUGCAGUCAUAUCAGUCGCGCGAUUCCUCCUUCACCCACCUGCACCUCCACGCUGCCCACCAUGCCGAUCUGCUCGCGGACUUCACACGCAUCAAACUGCCCGCCGAGGAGAUCAAUGUCGCCGCCCAGCACCAGCCGAUCAACCCAGAUGAUGAGGACGAUGUAGUCCCGGAUCAGCACGCUGCAUUUGGCAUUCAGAGGGCGCAGAACAAGGCUCGUGAACCGGCGUGGAGGGAUCUUGGGUUGGAGAGGUUGAUGUCUGAGGGACCGCCCAAGAAGGAGGGACAGGCCAGUGCUGGUGCGCGUUGGGUGGGGAGUGCGAGUCAAGUGCUGAGAUGA